CUCCGCGAUUGCAGGAGGGAUGAGUCCAGGUGGACCCCGGAAAAGGGGGCGGCCCAGAGGACAAUGCCGGGAGAAGGAAACGAGCGGAGACCCCGAGACGUGCUUGGAGGCCGGAGGGUCCCUCGGAAGAUCCCGGAAGCCCCGAAGGAUCCAGGAGGGAGAAUCAGAAUAUCAGUGCCCGGAAUGUGAAAAAUCCUUCCAAAGAAAUGACUAUCUUGAAAUCCAUCUAAGGACCCACUCGGGAGAGAAACCUUAUACAUGCCUGGAAUGUGGAAAGAGCUUCAGUCAGAGGGGAAGCCUUCAUAGGCAUCAAAGGAUCCACACUGGAGAAAAACCAUACAAAUGCAUGGAAUGUGGAAAGAGCUUCAAUGAGGUGGGCAACCUUCAUACACAUCAAAGAUUCCAUUCAGGAGAAAAGCCAUAUAAAUGCCUGGAGUGUGGAAAGAGCUUCACUCUGAGUGGACAUUUGUAUACACAUCAAAAAAUCCACGCAGGAGAAAAACCGUAUAAGUGCCUGGAGUGUGGAAAGAGCUUUACUGAAGGUGGACAGCUCCAUGACCAUCAAAGGAUCCACAAUGGAGAAAAACCAUUUAUCUGUUUGGAGUGUGGAAAGAGCUUUACUAUGAGUGGACAGCUCCGUCGCCAUCAAAGAAUCCACACUGGAGAAAAACCAUAUCAAUGCCUGGAAUGUGGAAAGAGCUUCAGUCAGAAGGAGCAGCUUGAUCGACAUCAAAGUGUCCACACUGGAGAAAAACCGUAUAAAUGCCUGGAGUGUGGAAAGAGCUUUACUGAGGGUGGACACCUCCGUCGACAUCAAAUGAUUCACACUGGAGAAAAACCUUACAAAUGCUUGGAGUGUGGAAAGAGCUUCAGUCAGAAGGGACAGCUUUGUAGACAUCAAAAAAUCCAUGCAGGAGAAAAACCAUAUAAAUGCCUGGAGUGUGGAGAAUCCUUCACAACAAUCAGAAAUCUCAGAAGUCAUCAAAGAAUUCACCUGGGGGGAAAUCCUUAAACAUUCAUGGGAGUAUGGAAAAAGUUGUCAAAAUAUGAUUCAGUAAAAAUUAUAAACUUUACACUCGGAAGAAAGUUUUUAAAUGCAGAAUGUGCUAAAUCCUACUGAACAAAUGGCAGUUUCAAAACCCACCUAAAAAUCUAAUGUAAAUGUAGCCAGUAAACACUGCAACCCUGGA